CGCAGUAUGACUACGAUGAAUUGAUUUAAAUCAUUGUUGUUUUGUCAYAAGACAGUUUAUCAGAGACCUCACAGAACACAACAGAACCAAAGUUCCUUGAAACAGUUUAUUACCUCAAAAUGAAUGGAAAACUUGCCUUCGUUGUUUUUCUUUGUCUUGUAGUUUUAGUGGUUUCUAAAUCAACAAGCAAACACGCCAAAAAAGAGAAGAAAAAGGAGCCAUUGGAAGAUAGCAGGAGAGUAGAAGGAGAAAAACCACAAGAGGAUGAAGAAAACGAAAUCAGUGACCGUGUUGAGGGUGGAGUAGGAACAGGUCAGACUAAACCUCUCCAUGAUGACGAGGCUGAAGCUGAUGCAGCUGCCAGUGCUGAGCCAAUUCCCACUAAACCUCCUACAGGAGCCAAACCAGGCGAAAUCGAGGUUUAGAAUCAAUCCUGAGUAUAGUCUUAAAGUUUUCUGAAACACAGUAGAUCAAGAUUAGGGCGAUCUAGCUUGUAUACCAGUACUUUCCUUCAUAAGUGGAAUGUUAAAUUGUUAAAGUUAAAGUGGAAAUAAACUGAAUUCAAACUUCAAAA